UCCUCCAACACACACACAAGAAGAAGGCGGAGAAGAAGAAGCAGAAGAAGAAGAAGAAGCUUGUCUUGGGAAUGAACAAGAUGGCACAUAAUGAGACGCAUCCCCUUUUGGAAAUACUGCAGUCUUUUAACACGGGGGACAUGAUUCUGGCCUUCUGUCUGUCCAUCCUGGUCGGCCUCCUGCUGGGCGCUCUGGUCUACGUCAUGCUGACCUGGGCGUCCCGGCGCCGAGCCACCGCCCGCAUCACCCGGCGCACCAGGAGGAAGAAAUCCUUACGAUCCCAAAUCCCGCCCGAGGGCCAGCUGGGACUCUACCGCAGCACCUUCCUCAGCGUCUACCGCCAGCCUUCCCUGGAGCCCGUGGGGCCCCUGGGGGCCAAGCCGGGGCCGGACACCUCCACCUUCCGGCCGGUGCCCAGGAAGGGCAGCGUGGAGGCGGAACUCGGCGACGACACCCAGGUCCAGAUCCCGGAGGACACGCUGGCGUCUGACUCGGAAUCGCUGGUACCCAACAAGCGCCAUUCCUUCUGGUUGGGGGGCAACGGACUGAAGGGCUUCCUGCCCUCGCAGACUCCGCCCCCUGCCUACAACAGCAUCCUCCAUGCUUUCCAGGAGUCCCGCACUUAGAACUCUUCCAGGAAACUCUUCAGUGGUCCUCAUGGUUCAGUUUUUGUGGUGUCCCACAUGCGUUAUGACCAAUGAAGACUCCAUGUUGAUUGAGUACUAAAUAAGCAUGUUUCUUCCCUCCGUUUUCCAUGUUAGGAUGCUUUGGAAUUUCACAAUAAAAGAAAUGUCCAGAGAA